AUGGCGACAGUCCAUGUCUCCAACGUCGAGGAAGCCUGCGCGGAGUUCGAGAGAGCCGAAAAGAAUGGCCACUGGACGGCGAAUCCAAUCCUCCGUCACAUAUUUCGGACGACGGCUGAUGACAAGAAUGCCUGGUUCAUCACCUCCAUUCGCAGAUUUCGACGCAAGUACGAUCGCAGAUCCUCGUUGUGGCUUCAGAUGUCCUUGGUUCAGCCGCCAGCGAAGGAGGUCCGCCUCUUCAUUAUGAUGCGUACAAGCACAGCAGGACUCACAGAAGCUAAGCUCGAACGAAUGUCACACGGCGCCGAGCGCAAAGGAUGGGAAAUCGCGCCCUACGGACCUGAGGUGGAUGCUCUUGUCAUUGCGAAGUCCAUCAGAGUCAGGAGCAGCGGAGUAUGGGUCACAAUUGAAGAUCUCAUGUGGGCUCUCCUCGCGCUUGAUGGCGUUCUACCUCAAGCAAGCAAGAGGGAAGACUUCGGCUUCGGCAUCUUCAAGUGGCCCGAGCAGGUACAAGACGAUGUCGCAGUCGCCGAGCCUUGA